AUGGUUAAGCGAAAGCUGGCUGCAUUGGAGAAGGUUGAGGCAGAUUUGCCCAACCUUCAGCAAAAAAUUCGACGAGAUUCAAAGUCCUACAUUGAAGAUUUCCGUUCCCAAUACUAUCAAUAUGAGAACCACCGUGAAAUUUUCAUGGCAAAUCCAACUUCCACGGAAGCCGGAGGCAUUAUAUCUCUGCGCGAUUUGAUAGAUUUUAUUUCGCACGUCGCAGACUGCUAUCCCGAUAUAACAAAGGACUUCCCGCAGCAACUAACUGAUAUGCUUAUGCAACAUCAUGUGGUUCUGGGCCCGGAACUGCGAGAGAAGAUCGUUGGAAGUUUGGUGCUUCUGAGAAAGAAGGAGAUUAUUGACUCGGUCACGUUGCUUCAUACUUUAUUUCCGAUACUUGUUUCAACGCCUAGCAAGACCCUGCGUCAGUUGUUGUUUCAGAAGAUUCUCUCUGAUCUGCGGACAUCGAAUUCGAAAUCUACGAAUCACAAGCUCAACCGUGCUAUGCAAACGGUUUUGUUCAAUUUGGUUACAUCGGAUCGCACAUCCCCCAAAGCUUUAUGGGCUGUUAAAAUUACUAGAGAGCUGUGGAGAAGGCAGAUUUGGACCGAUGCAAAGACAGUGGAAGUCAUGAAAGAAGCAUGCCUGGCUCAGAACGAAAAGGUUGCCACUGGCGGUGUUCGAUUUUUCCUUGGUGGAGACAAGGAGAGAGAAGAAAUGGAAGAUGAGAGCAGUGAUGACAACGGUGUUGAUGUCGCCAAGUUGAAACACCAAGUCGGUAUCAACAAGAAAACGAAAAAGAAAGCUCGCCAGAUUGAAAAGGCCGUUGCGACGGUGAAGAAGAAGGAGCGCAAGAAGAGACAGCCCCAUGCUCUAAACUUUUCUGCAUUACAUCUCUUGCACGAUUCCCAAGGAUUCGCAGAGGAACUCUUUUCAAAGCAUCUGCAGAGCAGCAAGUCGAAACUGAAUCUGGAGCAAAAGCUCUUGGUCUUGCAAUUGGUGUCACGUUUAAUUGGUCUACACAAACUCACACUCGUUCACUUUUACUCUUACUUUUUGAAGUACCUCACUCCUCGGCAGCCCUCAGUUACAUCAUUCCUUGCGUCGCUUGCUCAGGCGACACACAACCUUGUGCCACCUGACGAGCUCGAGCCUUUGAUCCAGAAGAUUGCGAAUGAGUUUGUCAAUGAGGCUUCAGCCGGGGAGGUCGCUGCAGCAGGUCUGAACGCUAUCCGCGAGAUCUGUGUCAGACAGCCUCUGGCUAUGAACGAAACGUUACUCCAAGAUCUAGUACUGUACAAAAAGAGCAAAAACAAAGGUGUCAUGAUGGCUGCAAAGGGUCUGCUGGGUCUGUACCGAGACGUUGGUGCGGAUAUGUUGAAGAGACGUGACAGAGGCAAGGUAGCAUCUAUGGCGCUGAGUGCCGGAGAGAAGAAGGAAAUUCGAUUCGGUGAAGAAGCUGUUGGCGGGAUUGAAGGCCUUGAGUUGCUGGCGAAAUGGAAAGAGGAGGAAAGAAGGAAGAGGAGAAUUGAGCAGGGUCUUCCAUCUGACGGCGAGGAUGACGAAGACCUCGCAGAGGAAGAAGCAGCAGGGUGGGCUAAUUGGGAAGUUGAAGAUGAUGACAGUGACGACUCGGAGGGAUGGAUCAAUGUCGAGAGUGACGCUGAGAUUGAAUUAAGUGACUCGGACGACGACGCGCCUCCCUCCAAGAAGGCAAAACAGGCAACCGAUGAGACGGAGAAGAAAGAAGAGGAAACAGACCCAGACAAGCAAUGGAACAAGCUUGCCACCAGUCGAAUCUUGACACCUGCUGAUUUGGCCAAGCUGGCCGAACUCCGUUCCCAAGCCGCCGUGGACUCAUUACUCAAUUCACGAUCCAAACGUACACAAAAGGUACAGGAAGCCAUCAAUCGACAUAUCGACGAGCCUCUUACCGCCGCAGAAAUUGAAGGUCUCGCUUCGCUUUCCAAGGGUAAACUUACGCGCGAGGAAAAGAUUGCUCACGCCAAGGAAUCAAAGACCGACCGAGACGAGUUCAAGAGCAAGACUGCUCGCAAGAAAGAAAGAAAAGAAGCAGAUGGAAAGAGUACGACAAACAAGGAGAAGGCUCGCAAGAAGAACUUUUUGAUGACUCUGGGCAAGGCGCGGAGCAAGAACAAGCGCAGUCUGGUGGAAACGCGGGCAGUGCUGAAAGCUCAUCAUGACCGGAAGAAACGAGGUGGACGACGAGGAAACACUGGUUAG